CAUUUAAUUGUAACUUUAACAUAAACACGAAUAUCGCGCCGGUUGCAUUUUACUGAGAGGAAAUCCGGUAGAGGUCAUCGACGACGUUUUUCACGACUGGUCAGUCUUGUUUGUGGUACCAGUCAGCAACCAUCAAGCAAAGAUGUGCUCCGGUUACUUCAUGAUCUUAGGUAGUUUAUUACUACAUUCUGUUAUAGUCACUGCCACUAUCGUACACCCAAGCAUUGCAGUAUCGUCGGCAUUUACCCGAAAUAGUAUAAAUGGCAGUGAGAAUACGCCAAUCGAUAAUUAUUUCAGUGAUUACAGAUAUGUCAUUAGGAAGUUCAGAGUACCAGUCGAUCACUUCAGUUUCGCUGGCAACGAGAGCUUUGAGAUUAGAUAUCUUGUGAAUAAUACAUGGCAAUCGGGUAAAAAUCCACCGAUAUUCUUCUACACCGGAAAUGAAGGAAAGAUUGAGGAAUUCGCUGCCAAUACCGGAUUCAUGUGGGAGUUGGCGCCCUCGUAUGGCGCCCUGAUAAUAUUCGCUGAACACCGAUAUUAUGGAGAGUCUCUACCGUUUGGAAAGAAAUCAACUGCGGAUCGACAACACCUCGGUUACUUGACUGCACAACAGGCUUUAGCAGAUUACGUGGAUUUAAUUGAGUAUCUCAAAUCGGAUGGAGCUCUUAAACGCAGCCCCGUGAUCGCUUUCGGAGGGUCUUAUGGGGGAAUGUUAAGUGCCUGGUUCCGUAUGAAAUAUCCGCAUAUUAUUCAAGGAGCAAUAGCAGCGUCCGCCCCAAUUCUCCAAUUCACUGGUAUCACAGACUGCCAAGCAUUUAAUCGCAUCGUGACGUCCGAUUUUCGAGCAGCUAGCGAUGUAUGUCCAAAAGUCAUUCGAAAGUCCUGGAACGCUAUCAAUAAUUUAACUUCCACAGACGAAGGAAAAAUGUGGCUGUCAGCUGAGUGGAAAUUGUGCCAAAACAUUACCAAUUCCACUGGCGUCAAGCAAUUGAAAGACUGGUUGAACAAUGUUUAUGGCAAUUUGGCUAUGGUGGACUAUCCUUAUGAAGCUAAUUUCCUAGCGCCACUGCCAGCUUAUCCAAUAAACAAAUUUUGUAAGCCCCUCAACGACGCGACAGGAUCAGACAAAGUAAUCUUGUCAGCUUUGAAAUCAGCACUGAAUAUUUACACAAAUUAUACUGGGAAGACUCGUUGCAUUGCGACCGAAGAUGCAACACCGAAUUUGGGGGCAGAUUUGUGGUAUUAUCAGGCAUGCACAGAGAUGGUGAUGCCCAUGUGUGCUGAUGGGAUCAAUGAUAUGUUUGAGCCGCAACCGUGGAUUUUGUCUAAUUACACGAGUGAGUGUGUUCGGAAAUACGGAAUCAAGCCCCAGCCACAGUUGGCCUGCAAGACUUAUGGAUGUCAGGACCUGAGUACAGCUACCAACAUUGUAUUCAGCAAUGGGUUACUGGAUCCUUGGUCCAGUGGUGGAGUUUUGAGAAAUUUGUCUGAAUCAGCUAUUGCUGUGAUUAUUCCCGAAGGGGCUCAUCACCUCGAUCUCAGGGGGAGUCAUCCCAACGAUCCUUACUCGGUAAUCGCUGCUCGGAAUUAUCACAAACUGUCAAUUUCAAAAUGGAUCAAACAAUAUAGCGAGGUUUCCAUGAGAGAGAUGAACGAUGUACCUGCUCAAUAAUUCCCCCCCCCUUAUACUGAAAGCUGUUUGUAUUGGAAUAGUGAAAUGUUAUUGGUAAUAUUCAGAUGUAAUUUUUAUACUCUCGAAUAAAUAGAAAUUAUAGAAAUGA